UCUGUUCGGGAAGCGAGAUUUUCUUGAUCGAAUGAAAUAUAUAAAAAGGUCGCGUGACAUAUAAUCGUGCGACGACUUCAACGGGAGGAGCAGAAAGCGUCCCGUGUGCGCGAUCGGUGCAUGCGAUCGAAUUCGCUAUCAGUGAACGUCAAGUGUAAAUAAUGUGAGUUGUCGCCCUAGAUGAUGAGGUCAAUUUCGUAUUGAUAAAUAAAGACAAUGACGCAUCGAUUGUUCAAUUGUUAAAGUCGAAGCCUCUCGAAGGGAUUCAUGAAUUUUCUUUGUGCAGUUUUGUGGAAACUUAAACUUGUUUGAAAUUUAAUUAUAUUUUCCAUUAGUUAAAUAAAUUUGGAGAAAAAUAAUUAUUUCUUUCGAAAGAGAUGCUUGUUACGUUUUCAAGAUACACUGGAAGAAAAUGUGUAAUGUCAGAGUGAUACAACGUAGAGACAUAGGUGGUCAAUAUAGAGCAAUCGAGUAUAACAGACUCUUGUGUAUCUCGCUUAGUUGAUGUAUGGAACACUGUCUUAGAUAUUCGUCUAGCACUUUUAUUGCAUAUCCUUAGUCUCGCUCUGUCGAAAAAUAUCCAGUGUUCAUAAAAUCGCAAAAUUUAAUGAGGCCGAAGGUGCCUCAAAAGAGGGGAAACUUUCUCUUGAGAAGGUACAGCGUUCUACGAUUGACUGCAACGAACAAUGAACCAUUCGGGAAGCGGAAAACGUCAGGCGAAGGUUUUGGAAGAAAAUUAUUGGGACUGCAGUGUCUGCACUUUUAGGAAUACAGCGGAAGCAUUUAAGUGCCUCAUGUGUGACGUCCGCAAAGGAACCUCUACGCGGAAACCCCGCAUAAACCCCCAAUUAGUAGCUCAACAGGUUGCGCAGCAACAAUAUGUGCCGCUUUUAAAACCAGGCAAGAAGGAAGGGAGUGGUGGUGGUGGUGGUGGUGGUGGUGGCGGUAGCACGACCAGCGGCGUCAAGGAGAAGGAACGCAAGAUGGACAAACCGAGGCGCAAGAAUAGGCAUCCGCCACGUCUAAAAAAUAUCGACCGUAGUACCGCGCAAACAAACGAAGUGACAGUCAACAAUGUUACCGUCACUAUCACGGAGUACAAGCCCAAGGUGAAGAAGGGCUCGGACCAAUCGAGCAACGCUAGCUCCGAGGGCGGGAGCCAGCACGAUUCCAGUCAGGACUCGAGAAACCUCGAUGUAGGAACCGACGCCUAGUUCAAUGUGCUAAUGUUACAUAUGUGUGUACGAAUUAUUCUAAUUAAUAUAUUGUACGACGUAUGUAUAUCAAUCUAUGGUCAACUGUCAUCAUCCUUUAGACCAAAAGCGACCAUUAUUGACUCUCACUUCUCGCUCGUUUGUUGUAUGCGUCGCCAGAUUAUCUGAACCCAAUGAGGUCAGACAUUUUAUGCUAUCAAUGGAGAAUAUUAUUGACUAUAAAUGAUUUGUAUAUCACUAUUUAACAGUGGAAGAAAAACAAGAAUAUAUGCAUUGUAUAUCAUACCGAUUUGAUUGUUUGCGCGAAGUGAACGGAUUGAAUAAUUCGCGUUGCUCUCCUUCGCGUCGUUAGCGAAAAAAUUGUACUUAAAAACGCUUACUUUACCGAUAUCGAUUCUUUAUUUUUUAAUAUUUAUUGAACUUAUUUAAUGUCUAUCAAUGUGACAUAGAUUCUAGAUUUAUACAUGUAAAAAGAAAGGGAAAAAAAGCAAAUUGUAAAUAUCUGACGCAACAUUAUCAGUCAAAAAUGGAAUUUUACGAGCCAUUGCUGACAUAAUAAUGUCCUCGACUGUCAUUGAAUUUUUACGAGACCACUGCCAGAAAGCGUGUCAUAUUAUAUUCGAAAUUCGUUAACAAACCUAAUGACACAGUCAAUGAUUGUGUAUUAUUGAUUUUGCUUACAAUAAUUACCAGCGUUACUGGCACUGGUACACAUAUGUAUCUUUUACCCCAUUCCAGUUUAUCUGAGAUAAAUUUUCAUCGAGUACAUAUAUUUCAUCAGUUUCCUUGAUUAAUUUAUUACGUUUUUCAUUUCGCACAAUUGGAUUUGUUAGCUGAUUACGUCUGAAAAUGUACAGAUUUAAUAUCAAUUUUCAACAAUGUAAUAUAUACUCGUAUCUCGUACUGAAUAUCUAAAAAAAACGACGCUUCCUGAAAAAAAAUUAUUUAAAAUGACAUCUUAUUUCUAGCAAAUAAGUGAUUUAAAAUUGUAAAAUAAAAACGCGUUACAUCAAUUGUUUAGAAAUAUAUAUGCAGAUAUAUAUGUGCAGACAUAAAAAGAGCUUUGAACAACAUCAUCAUAUUUAUGUAACUGCCCGAAAAAAAAAUCGCUCGUAACAGCGAAGUCUUGUUACAUUUAUUCAAAAUUAAAUUGCAGUUGCAAGGACCAUGGGAAAAGUUUACAAACGUAUAAAAUAGAAAGGGAAGAGUUGUGUAAGAAAAAAAUUGUUAAUAUUAAUAGUUAUAUGCCACCGUGAUUAUUGUAAUACGAUUCUGCAUUAAGAAAUGAAAGUAAUGUAGGACUUUGUCAGUAUCAGAUUAAGAGAUAUAAUUAAUAGACGAAUCCGAACAUUGUGUAUACUCAAGUAACGAAUAAUAUUCAUUUAAAGACGCAUU